AUGGCUAUGGUGUCAAAUUAUGAAGUGGUACCCACUGGCGCAAUAAACCCGUCAAUGUCCCCGAGGGAUUCACUGUUACCUGAUAAAUUUGUAGAGUUUAAAAGGCUUGUAAAGAACAAGGCAUGUCAUACAGCUGUAAAGAACAAGGCAUGCCAUGCAGCUGUAAAGAACAAGGCAUGCCAUACAGCUGUAAAGAACAAGGCAUGUCAUACAGCUGUAAAGAACAAGGCAUGUCAUACAGCUGUAAAGAACAAGGUAUGUCACAGAGCUGUAAAGAACAAGGCAUGUCAUACAGCUGUAAAGAACAAGGCAUGUCAUACAGCUGUAAAGAACAAGGCAUGCCAUACAGCUGUAAAGAACAAGGCAUGUCAUACAGCUGUAAAGAACAAGGCAUGUCAUACAGCUGUAAAGAACAAAGCAUGCCAUAGAGCUGUAAAGAACAAGGCAUGUCAUACAGUUGUAAAGAACAAGGCAUGUCAUACAGUUGUACAGGACAAGGCAUGUCAUACAGCUGUAAAGACAUAUACCGAGCAGCAAAAUAAUAAAGAACAAGGCAUGCCAUACAGUUGCAAAGAACAAGGCAUGUCAUACAGUUGUAAAGAACAAGGCAUGUCAUACAGCUGUAAAGAACAAAGCAUGCCAUACAGCUGUAAAGAACAAGGCAUGCCAUACAGCUGUAAAGAACAAGGCAUGUCAUACAGCUGUAAAGAACAAGGCAUGUCAUACAGUUGUACAGAACAAAGCAUGUCAUACAGCUGUAAAGAACAAGUCACGUCAUACAAUUGUAAAGAACAAGGCAUGUCAUAUAGUUGUAAAGAACAAGGCAUGCCAUACAGCUGUAAAGAACAAGGCAUGUCAUACAGCUGUAAAGAACAAGAUAACAUACAAUUACGGAGAAGAAUGUAA